CUGCCUUUUCUGUUGGUUGUCUGGGUUUGUUUGCAUCGUUCUUACAUGAACGCAUGUAUGUAUGUCCUAGGUGUAUGCAAAAAGGCUUGCCGUUUUUUUAUUUGUUUGUUUGCUUGCUCUCUGUUUCCUCUGGCUUAUACCGCGCCGCGCUACUACUACUACCACUACUACUACAACAACGCAGCUAACUAUCUAGUGCCGCAAAUCCACAUACGACGCUAUGGGAUCUCCCAUCCAACCCAAUGGGACCGCUCGUUUUGCCGAGAGGUUCCACAGACUUGGGAAUUAAAGAAGGGGAAAAAAAGGGAAAAAACAAUAAGCGUUGCGCGGCGUUCGUACAACAGUUCCAGUUUCUGCUGCGACUCCGUGCUGCGACCUCCAUGUGCCUGACGUACCCGAACAGAUGGAUGUUCCCUCCUACCCGACCUCUCGGGCGCAGGGCACUGUCCAUCCGGUGGCCAUGGGGGGGCUUUUAGCUCACUUAGCUGCUUAAUAUCCUGGAACCGAUUUUUUGCAAAUUGUUUUUUUUGGUUUG